AUGGAUAUUAGCGCGGAGGAGUUCGUGAACAGGAUACUGACGAAGGAAGCGAGCGAGCAGCCGUCGGACACAAAAAGGCCAGAAGACAUAGAGAUGGAGCUACCCGAAUGGUUCAGCGAGAAGAAAUACAAUCAGGGCCGCCGCUUCUAUUGGGACAACUGCUUCGCGAUAACGUCAUCGAUGCUGCUCGGUCUCGUGGCGGUAUUCGCUGUGCCCUCUAUCCUCAGGGUGCUGAUCAGCUCGCGCCGUUCCAGCACCGUGUACACCGCGUACAGGAGAUACCUCUCGACUGUCCUCCACACGGUGUCCUGGUUCGAGAACGAUCUGAAACCGGGCAGCAGUUCGUGGCGCUCGUUGUACACAGUGCGGGCGAGGCACGUGCGCGCCGGCCUCGCCGCGAAGGCCAAGGGCGUGGGCACAGUGUCCCAGCGGGACCUGGCCCUCACGCAGUUCGGCUUCCUCGGCUUCGCGGUCCUCAAGCCGGACAAGUUCGGCAUAACGCAAAUGCAGCCGGGCGACUGGGACGCGUACGUGCACUUCUGGCGCACGAUCGGCCACAUGAUCGGCCUGGAGGAUAGGUACAACAUCUGUCGCGAUAGCUUCGAGGAGACCCGGCGCGUGUGCCGCGUGCUGCUCGACCGGGUGUUCGCGCCGUGCCUGAACAGCGUGCCGGAGUACUUCGAGCACAUGGCGCACGUGAUGCUGGACGGCAUGUGGUGCGUGAACCCGACGGUGAACUGCGACGCGCUGCUGUACUGGACCCGCCACCUGGCGGAGGUGCCGGGCUACGUCUACACGGAGGCGGAGCGCGGCCUCUUCCAGAGGACGCUGCGCGAGCGAAUGCGCGGCCAGCCCGAGGACGUGGGUUUCGAUUCUGCAGCGUUGAUACAGAAAGCUGCUUUGGAAGGAUUAUCUGGACAACCUAAGCGGUUGCUCUAUUUAAGGGACUACGAUACAAUAGAAACCGUCCCCGAAUACAAGAGGCUGAGUUUCGCGGCGAAAUACAAGCUCUCUUUAAACAACUUCUUAGUCGGCUUCUAUACGACGUACAUCGGCAGACUGUACUUAAAUUUGAAUUUCCUAUUCAGUAUAAUACUCAUGAAAUACUUCCCGUACCUCGCCUUCUUCAGGUUCGGCAUCAAAGCGUCCUUCGUGAACAUUUUCACCGAGGACCCCAUCGACAACACCGAACCGAAACCAAAUUCCGAGUACUACAAGCCUUUGCCGCCAAGUACUUGGUACUCGGAUUUGGCAUCUGUCCUUUUU